GAAGUGGCUGACGUCUUUCAACGCUGCAUCGAUGAAAUCAAGUUCGUGCUCGACCAGCGGCAGCUGGAGGAUGAUGAGAUAUCUCGGACAUUGCUGCGCGGUGAGGAUGUUCUGGAAUUGCUGGUCGUGACACAGCAGAUACCCCAAUUCGAUGGCAGCAUUCCAGCCGUGGAGCAGCUUUCUACGCUGUCAUCCUCGAUGGAGUAUCAGAUUGACGCCGCCACUCACCUUCGGAAAAUUCUCAGUGUGGAGCGGGAUCCGCCGAGCAGGGAGCUUGCUUCCCUUCUGUCGCUGAUCAAGCUUGCCGGUCCUGACGACCCAUUUCAGAUACCGCGGCUUCCGCCAAUGUACUUCGAAGUUCUUGCUCCGGAUCUUCCUCUUUCAAGCCUCCAGAGCAUGAGCGAUGUUCUCUGGGCAAGCCUGGUGUCAUUAGGAGGAGCAACUGCCACCCACGCCCAUGCGGACGAAAAGGAGCAAACCAAUCGCAUGCUCAUCGAUCGUGAGACCGUACUGGCUUCCGUGGAUGCGGAGCCAGGGAUUGGCAAGUCUGUCGCCACAGCCAUGGCACUCCUGAAUUACACGCAGAAGUCUGCAGUUACGGUGUUGCUACAGGGAGAUUUCCAGAAGCAGACACCGGCAUUCGUUUACAGAUGGUCUUUGACAGAGGAGUACUUGAAGGCUGUGAAGACGUUUACUGGAAAGGCCGAGAGGGUUCUGAACAUGACUCAGAAUCAGGUCGAAGACCAGAAGCACGACAACAAGGACAAGGUGGCUGAAACACAGAUGGAUGCGCCGACACCUGGCAGCCUGAAAGGACCUUCAAGGAAGCUGCAGUUUGAGACGUUGUGGGCCAUCUUGAACAUUGUCUCGGGAGAUGUUCACCAGACGCAGGCAAUCGUCGAUCUCGACGCCGUCCCGAUCAUUACCAACCUCCUGAGAGACUGCACGAACAGCGAUGUUCUCGAGCAGGGUGUUUGGGCUUUGGGGAACAUCGCAGGUGACUCUGUGCAACACAGAGACCUGUGCAUUUCCACUGGCUCGUUGGCCGAAGUGCUCAAGGUCUUGGAGGGCACCACCAAGACCAGCUGCAUCAGGAACGCGACUUGGACCGUCUCCAACUUCUGCCGCGGCACACCGAAGCCCAGCCUCGAGGCGAUGCUUCCGGCACUGCCGGUCAUGGCUCGGGUGCUGCACAACACAGACCAGGAAGUUCUGACAGAUGCCCUUUGGACGGUCUCCUACGUCUCCGACGGUACAGAGAGAUACAUCCAAGCAGUUCUGGAUACAGGCGUCUGUCAGAGGGUCGUGGAGCUCCUCAGCCACGACUCGCCCCAGGUGCAGACGCCAGCGCUCCGCACUGUGGGCAACAUCGUGACCGGCAGCGACACCCAGACGGAUGCCGUGCUCGCUUGUGAGCCUUUCCCGGCUCUGACCAGACUUGUGGCCAGUCCUAGAAUGAAGAUUCGAAAGGAAUGCUGCUGGCUGCUUUCGAAUAUCUGCGCCGGGACUGUGCAUCAAGUUCAGCAGGUACUGAAUGCAGGCUUCUUUAAAGUCCUGGCGGAUGCUGCCGGUGAUGCAGAGCACUCCGUGAAGAAGGAGGUGGCCUUCGCUUUGGCGAAUGCCAGCGAGAAGAAGUCGAUGGUUCAGCCAUUAGUAGAAGCUGGCUGCUUGAAUGCCAUGCAGGCGAUGCUAGACAGCCACGACCCCAAGCUCCAGGACUUGUCCGUGGUGUUUGCCACAAAUGUCUGUGAGGCCGUGCAGGCUCACAAGACAUCCAGAGAGGGGACGGGCAGGUGGUCAUGCUUCGAAGCAGUCUGUGGCUGGGCGUGCAGCGGAUUUCGGAGUUCAAGUCCCAAGGUUUUGGACGAGCAGAGAGAGAGAGAGAGGGAGAGAGAGAGAGAGAGAGAUGAGAGAUAG